AGAGAUGGUACAAAAUGAAUUACAUUCAAGCCGUCAAUUUCUCAACGCCGGCCGUUUUCUGAUCUAUCUAUAUGAAUCUCGAUAGAUAGACGAAGCUCGAUCUCGUGAAGGAGGAAAGCUAGGUCGCAGUAGCGUUUAAGCAACGACGAUAGAUUCGUAUGAAUCGGACAAGUCCAACCUAGAUCCCCGUUGUAAUUGGACUUGAUUUGGCUCCGGUCAAUCAUCUUCCGCAACAAACAGAGGGAUUAUUGGAGAAGAUAUGAAAGAAAUAGAGGAAGAAUAAGAUUGAAUUGAUUCAUCAUAAGAGAGAACAGAUAGAUAUAUAUAAACAAUGUCCUUAAGAAGGGCACCUGUCCCUCGCUUAGUUCUUAGCAACGUCUCUUGCAUGAGAAAUGCCCAACAGAUCCUAAGAAACGUGAAUGUUUCCCUUCACGACGGUAGUGCACUCGUCCUAUCAGGUACAAAUGGCUCUGGCAAAAGUACAUUCCUACGAAUGCUGGCUGGUUUCAACAGACCAUCCGCAGGUGUAGUCCUUUGGAAUGGUCACGACAUAACUAAAUCAGGUGUCUUUCAUCAGUACAAGCUUCAACUGAAUUGGGUUUCGCUAAAACACGCAUUAAAAGACAGGUUUACAUUACUUGACAACAUUCAAUGGUUUGAAGUUCUCGAGGGUAAGCAAGGCAGGGCUUUGCCUGCUUUGGAGUUUAUGGGACUUGGCAGACUUGUGAAUGAUAAAGCAAGAAUGUUGUCUGCUGGUCAGAAGAAGAGGGUUCAGCUUGCUAGGCUGGUGGCAAUGGAUCGACCAAUUUGGUUGUUGGAUGAGCCUUCUGUUGCUUUGGAUGUUGAAGGGGUGAGAUUGCUGGAAUGUAUUAUAAGUGAGCAUAGGAAGAAGGGAGGAAUUGUAAUUGUUGCGACGCAUCUUCCUAUUCAAAUGGAAGAUGCUGUGAUCUUGAAUUUGCCUGCGAGGUUUCCUAGACGGAUGACCAUGAUCGAUAUGCUCGAUCGGGCUGGUGAGUUUUGAUUUGUUUGUUUUGUUUAAGAAUUGUUUAGGAUACAAACAGAUCAGAUGAAUCCUAGUUUCAUCAAGUGAAAUUGAAAGUAUUAGGGUUUUGUAAUAAAAGGUUAUAUUGUUUUAUGGCUCAUUGCCCAUUUGAAACAUUUGUUUAUGUUAGACAUCUCUCAUUCUUGAUAUAUGACAUUCAAAAUCACAACUUUA